AUGGUUUAUCCAGCUAUCGAAGUGACAGUCACCACUGUUGGAAAUCACACCGUUGAAGAUGAGACUACCGAAGAUGGAAAGAAGUACCAGAGGGCCUUCUACGAUGCCGCCACUACCAUUCCUGGCUGCUCCCGCGGCUGCUGGGGCAGAAGUGACAAGUACCCAGAGAAGGUCAUUCACUUUAUUGACUAUGACACCCGCAAAGAGCAUGAUGUCCACAAGGCUCUUAUCAAUGGGCCAACGCCGCCAGUCCUCUUGGACAUUCAGAGUGAUACCAACGUUUACGUUAUCCAUCCAAACACCAAUGACCGCAACAAAGUCUACUAUGCUCCCUACACAACAGUAGCCUUCUUCUGGGGAAUUGAUGAAGAGAAGUGGACUGAAGUUGCGCCUGAAUUCUUUGCAGCUGUUGCCAGGUCCGAUGGCUGUACUGGAUACAUCUGGGGCGAAAUCGAUAAACCAGUUCUCACCGACUAUGAAGGCUUGGCCUCGCUAGGAAGCGGCAAGUGUGGUGUUUUUGCGGCUGGCUGGCGCAGCAAGGCCCAUCGUGAUCACGACCUUGGACGUGAAAGAGCUGUUGACGCUUGGGAAGCAAUCCAAAAGGCCUGUGUCAAGGCGGAUUCGUGGGGAACUACGCUUAGAGUGACGGAGAAUACUGGCCAUAUUCAUCGCUGGACAACACCUCUGCCUCUCAAGGAUCGCACGGCCUGGCUUCCCGCAGCUGGCAUGAUCUAA